CAACAACAAAAAAAAACAGACCCUGAACUUCCCAGUCAAUUCCCUGGCUCUGGGACAAUUAUCAUUCCUUGCUCUCCAGAAGGGCUUAAGAAAGGACUGAAAAUUCCCCCCUUCUCCCUACAGACUCCUGCCAGGCCCUUUGGUCCCAUCCCACCCUUGGGGGUGCUAUUACAUUUAAAUAAGGCACUUUGUGGCUGGAGAUAGAGGACCCCUUGCUGGUUCCUGUCCUUGGCUCUAAUGCCAGUGAGAUAAGGGGGUGGUUAAGGCCUGUGGUCUGAGACCAACAACCAAGACUCCAACUAAGCCCAGCCAGGGAACCUCUGGCUCCUCCCACUUAGAUCUGAGGUACAGGACCUGGACCCUAGAGCCUCCUGUUGCUGGCUCUGGGUUUCAGUUUACCUACUGGGGGAAGUAAAGAUGGAACACGCCAUAUUUGUGUUCCUUUUUCCGUCUCUAUGGUCCCAUGACCAAGUCUUGAGUUCCUUGAACAGCACAUGAUGGGAAUCUGAGGGCCCUUGGCUACCGUCCUGUUGAAAAUGGAGGACCCUGUGUGAGCCCCGCCCUGCUUUGAUGGGAAAGCCUCACCCACCUUCCUGCCAAGACUGCCUGAAGGAAAUUCCUGGCUGAGGAAGAAAAACAACUGGGAAGCGAAGUUACGACUCAGCACUAAGGUGAGGAGUGCCUGAUCUCUCCAGACCCAGCCCAAUGAGAUAGUUAGAGGAUGGUUCCAAAGUUUGUCUAUAGUGAUUACCCAGGGAGAGGAGCGGUCUCCAUUCCUGCAGAGAGUAUCUUUACAGGAAGUAGUUGAUCUGGAGGAAUCCAUUUUUUACAAAAAGGAUCUGGGUACAGAUAAACAAAACUAGAACAUUCCUGGGAGAAGCCGAGCUUGUUUGGCCCUCUUCUUUGUGUGCGGUGGUAUCUAUCUACGCUUUGCUGCUUAGAAGGAGGGAAAGAGGGGCGGAGGUGGGUGUUUAAUAAUUACCUUUGGUGACCUCUGUACCUUCUGGCUUUCUCCAUGCCUGGGCACGAGACAUGGUCCUUCCUGGGGUUCAGCCCUGCAGUUGCAGGCUGGGCGGUGGUCAGCUGAGCAAGCAUCGUCAAGACUCAGCUUGGGCGCACACUCUCCUUCCAGCUCCUGGAACUAUCGGUGGGGAAUGAUGGAGGAGACAAGCUUGAGGAGACGGAGAGAGGAUGAGAAAUCCAUCCAGAGCAAUGAACCCAAAACCACAAGUCUCCAGAAAGAGGUGGGUCUUCUCAGCGGCAUCUGUAUCAUCGUGGGCACCAUCAUCGGCUCUGGGAUCUUCAUCUCUCCCAAGUCUGUGCUGGCCAACACAGAAUCUGUGGGGCCCUGCCUCAUCAUAUGGGCAGCCUGUGGAAUCCUGGCUACACUGGGUGCCUUGUGCUUUGCAGAGCUUGGCACGAUGAUCACCAAGUCAGGGGGUGAGUACCCCUACCUGAUGGAGGCCUUUGGCCCCAUCCCUGCCUACCUUUUCUCCUGGACCAGCCUGAUCGUCAUGAAGCCCUCAUCCUUCGCUAUCAUCUGCCUUAGCUUUUCGGAGUAUGUGUGUGCAGCCUUUUACUCGGGCUGCAAGCCUCCUGACAUAGUUGUAAAACUCCUGGCUGCUGCUGCCAUCUUGCUUAUCACUACAGUGAACGCGCUGAGCGUGCGGCUUGGGAGUUAUGUCCAGAAUGUCUUCACGGCAGCCAAGCUGGUGAUUGUGGCCAUCAUCAUCAUCAGCGGACUGGUCUUCCUAGCCCAAGGAAAGACGAAGAACUUCCAGAAUUCUUUUGAGGGUGCGCAGACCUCUGUGGGCGCCAUCAGCCUGGCGUUUUACAAUGGACUCUGGGCCUAUGAUGGGUGGAAUCAGCUCAACUAUAUCACCGAAGAGCUGAGAAACCCCUACAGAAACCUGCCCAUGGCCAUUGUCAUUGGGAUUCCUCUCGUGACUGUGUGCUACAUCCUUGUGAAUAUUUCCUACUUCACAGUAAUGACUCCAACAGAGCUCCUGCAGUCCCAGGCUGUGGCUGUGACCUUCGGAGACCGAGUUCUCUAUCCAGCAUCUUGGGUAGUCCCGCUUUUUGUGGCCUUUUCAACCAUCGGUGCUGCUAAUGGGACCUGCUUUACAGCGGGCAGACUCAUCUAUGUGGCGGGCCGGGAAGGCCACAUGCUUAAAGUGCUGUCAUACAUCAGUGUCAAGCGCCUCACGCCUGCCCCUGCCCUCAUAUUCUAUGGUAUCAUAGCCACCAUUUACAUCAUCCCCGGUGACAUCAACUCCCUAGUCAAUUACUUCAGUUUUGCUGCAUGGCUGUUUUACGGUAUGACAAUCCUAGGACUCAUUGUGAUGAGAUUCACAAGGAAAGACCUGGAAAGGCCCAUCAAGGUGCCCAUCUUCAUCCCUGUCCUAGUGACUCUCCUGUCGCUUGUUUUGGUGUUGGCCCCAGUCAUCACUAAGCCAGCCUGGGAGUACCUCUACUGUGUAUUAUUCAUACUGAGUGGACUUAUAUUCUACUUCCUUUUUGUCCACUACAAGUUCGAAUGGGCCCAGAGAAUCUCCAGGCCAGUCACCAAACACCUGCAGAUGCUGAUGGAAGUUGUCCCACCAGAGAAGGACCCCGAGUAAAAUGUCCAUCACUUGUAGCCCAAAGCCGCAAUCAAUUUAUUUUUGUAAGCAAUUAUUUGUGGUU